AUGUCCCAACUGCUGUCCACAGCAGUCAUCACGGCCACAGGUCUCACUUGCAAAGCCUUCCUCAAUUCGGGUCUCUGUUCUAUUACCAUCAGCAACCUGCCUGUGCUCUUAGAUGCCCUCCAGGACCAAUCAAGGCGCAAAGGCCAGGGUUUGAUAACCGUUUCCAAUCAUUUGUCUACCCUUGACGACCCUGUCACAUGGGGUGUAUUGCCUUCAAGAUGCUAUAUGAACCCACGUACGAUACGGUGGGCGUUGGGCGCAUCGGACAUCAUGUUCACAAAUCCUGUCUUCUCUGCUUUCUUUCGUAACGGUCAGGUCAUAGAAACCUUCCGCGGAGAAGGUAUUUUCCAGCCCGCCCUAGAUGCAGCAAUAGACAAGCUCAACCAGGGUCAUUGGGUUCAUCUAUUCGGAGAAGGCAAAGUUUGCCAGCCCCCACGUUAUCCCCAAGUGAACGGUGUAGCGCACUUGCAGCGAUUUAAAUGGGGUGUUGCACGCAUCAUAAUAGAGGCCAAUAUUUUACCGAUCAUAAUACCGAUGUGGCUAACUGGCUUUGAUAAGUUAAUGCCUGAAGGUCGGCGAUUUCCCUUCAAGUUCUUUCCCAAACUUGGUGUGAAGCUAGGAGUUGCAUUUGGAGAUCCAAUACCUCCAGCGAGGAUCCUCACUCUUCUGGACACUUUACCCAAUGACGAGGGCAGGCUCGCCCGCAGUUCGUUCAGUUCUUCCCAGGGGAACGAAGCUUUACAUACACACUCCAUCACUGAAAAUCCCCGUGGACGACAUGGGGCCACAGGUGAGAAAUUUCUUGUUGGUCGGAAGGCCAUCACGCAAGAAAUGGAGAUCGAUUACACUCGAAGUGAGGUAACUGCUAUUAUUCAACGCGCCGUCGAGAACUUGGGGAGGAAGGUGUCGGGUAAUCAGCUGGAUCGACCUCUCGUCUGA